AGCAACACCCAUAUCAGUCAGCUGCAGCCAUGCUCCGUCCUGCCAGCGGACUCCGUGUCUUUGCGCUCCUGCUGGUGCUGAGCAGGAGCAACUUAGCGGUUCAUAAUGACGCCACAGAGUCAGUCAAUAUUCAGCCGGUAUCCGAUACUGAAGAGGAGCCGGCUAAUGAAGACACGAACCAUGCGAGGAACGGCGGGAGACGGCUAGCUGACGCUGUGCGUAAUGGCCCAGACCAGAGCCAGGUGGGCUGCAGGGAGCUGAGGUCCACAAAGUACAUCUCUGAUGGCCAGUGCACCAGUGUUAACCCUAUCAAGGAGCUAGUGUGUGCUGGGGAGUGUCUGCCAGCACACCUACUGCCCAACUGGAUUGGGGGUGGAAGUUAUACAGGGAGACACUGGAGCCGCCGUGAUGUCCAGGAGUGGCGUUGUGUCAUUGACAGGACCCGGAUCCAGCGGAUCCGGCUGCAAUGCCAGGAUGGCAGCUCCAGGACCUACAAGAUCACUGUGGUGACCUCCUGCAAGUGCAAGCGCUACUCCAGAAAGCUGAAUGACUCAGGACACAAGGACACAUCUGUCCACAGUGGUAAACAGAAGAAAAAUCAGAAGAAGGCUGGACUGCCUGAGGGGAGAGCUGGGAUCCAGUCGGACAACUAACAAAGGAAACAAAAAAAAGCCACACCUGUUCUCAUAAUGAAGUUUAUGGAUGAAUUAUAAGUGUGCAAAUCAUGAUCAAAUAUUUCAGAGCCAGAACAGAUAGAGGUAAAAGUCAGUUGUGUAGAUUUGUGUCCAGAUGUAGAUCAUUGUGAAACAAAAAACUUUUAGAAGAUAAGUUUGUGGCCCAAAACACAGCCUCAUAAUAGGAAUGGUUUAUACAUGGAUUCUCUCUUUCAGAGAGUGAGAUGUCAGUGGAUAUCAGUCUCAUGUCUGUGUUUUAAGUACUGACCUGGAGUCAGCACGUGAUAAGCUUAGCUUAGCUUUAAGGCUGGAAGCAGGGGCAAACAGCUAGCCUGACUCUGUCCAAACAUCUUUGAAGCUCUCUGAUUAACACGGUAUAUCAUUUCAAAAUGACAAUUUGGUUUUAGGGGAAGUUAUGCACUGGAACUAUUUCUUGAUGAGCAACAGUUAAUCUGCCAGCACAUCUGUAGCAUUUCAUUUGCUAUAGUACAAGUUGGCAGAUACUGUCAGUGAGCACAGGCUUUGCUUUUGAUCUUUGUACAGGCACAAUGGUUUCAAACCGUGUAACUUUACUAUGAUGACAAAACCUCAGGAAGCUGUAUGCUGUCACUGCUCUUGACUAUUGUUCGUGAAGAAAUAGUUACAGCACUUAAACCCAUGUAAUGUCAUUCCUUUUUAUGUAGGACAAAACAUGUUAAUUAGUGAGUUUUACAGCUUCUAACUUUGUCCAGGGCCAAGCCAACUGUUUCCCCUUACCUCCUGUCUUUAUGCUACGUUUGGCUAACCACAUUCUGACUUAAUGAACUGUUCCUUUGUCAACAAGCAACUGUAAACUAGCCAGCAUGGCCUAUAGUAACACAACUGAUAUUAAUUUGUCUAAUUACAGGCUGUUCUCACAUUUUUUUCCUAUGAAAAGCAAUGCACCCAAAUACAUACAUAUCCCAUGUAUUUUUAAAGGUUAUGAUCACGUGACUAAUGUAAUGACUAAUGGCAGUAAACAAGGAAGCAGUCCCAAGCGCUUGUAAACAGGUUGGUUGAGGUGGUGGAUGGGUCACAAGGAAAAAAUAGAACUUGGCCUAAAAGAACAUUUAAGAGGGUUGGACACCAGAUUUGUCAUUUAAUAUUGUGAUUAUUUAAACUCUGUCUCUUAAAAAUGGCGUUGAUAUGACUGUAUUGUUUUUCCAUUGAUAUUGUGAUGGCAAAUGCAGUCACUGACUGGAUUAUGUUUAUAGGCAGUGUAUUUUUGAGUGAAAGGAGAGCUACAGUUGUGUUCCACACCAGAUUUACAGGAUGGUAUCCUGGGUAGGUCUACAAAUAGCAGGACUUUAGGACUUUGGUUAAAUGGAGUGGUAGUCAUUACAAGUGGAUAUUUUGGCUGACUACAAAAGAAAUAUGCUGUCAGUGAACAUUUUACUCACACGU